UGGCGUUUGCACCGCGGGUGUGGGUCUCGCCGAACAAGUCAGCUUUUUCUCAGGUUUUCCGGCCUUCUGCUUUGCUGGUUUGGCUAAUGGCUGUUAGCUGCUAACGUCGGAUGUUGAACGCCGGCUAUUUGGCGCGAUUCCGGAUUUAUUGUAAAACGGCAAUGGACAAAGCGCCCGGUGUUUAGUCCAAGAACGCUGCAAGCAUCUGAGACUGAGCUGCUUUUAUUCACAUGUCAGAAAAGGUACUCAGUGCCUAGGAUCAUCAAUGAAUGCACCCUCAUCGAGCCUGAGCAUGGAAAAGGGACGACUAAAACAAGGAAAUGUUCUGGAGGAUGGAAUAGGCAAAGAUCUGAUGAAUGCAGGAAGGUUUUGCUUCAACUGUGAGCAAAUAUUUUCAGAUCGUAAAUGCCUGGAGGAACAUGUGUGUUCUGCAACAUGUUACAUCUGCUCCUGUGGAACAGAGUUUGCCCUGUACACAGACAUGCAUGAGCACAGUACGACACAUGAGCCAGGGCACCAAGUGCUUGAUCAUGAAACAAUAAGACAACGCAGGAUUGAGAAGCGGAAGCAGGAAGAGAUGCAGCUCAACAGAAUACAGACUGGUGAGGUUAUCUGGAAGGCACCUAAAUAUACAAUUGGGCCAAAGUCCAUGUCCGCUUCACAUCAUACAAUAUCAACCACCAUGCUUAAAGGAUCUAUACAAACUGCACAGAAUUCACAAGUGCCUGGAUAUACCCCUUCUGCAUUAAAGACAUCAUUCCCUCAAAAUUCCAACUUGGCACCAGAUGUGCAUAACAUUUUUGCAGAUGUAGGCGCACCUACCGUGGAUUUAUGGACAGUUUACCAGCCAGUUGUGUUAAUAAAAACGGUGCGCCAGUUUCACAAGAGUAUGCCGUACACUUGUGGAAAAUGUGGCCAACAUUUCUUCACAAAGGCCUCUCUAGUCACCCACAACAACAAUCAUGUCACAGACAGAGUUUGUGGCUGUGUGGGAUGCGGGAUGCUGCUCUCAAGCAGAAAGGUCGUUCCUCGCUUCCAUAAUUGCAACGCACCCAGCUCUGCUGCCAAACUCAAAGUCGUUACUGCAAAACCACCUAAUUUCAAAGGGCAAACUAAAGUCAGUAUAGACAUGAGUCACAACCUAAGUGUUCAGGUUCCUCAGGCCACUUCUUCUUUUCAGUGGAACAUGCCAAAUCAAAAUGCUGGCAUUCAGGCACCUAGUUUGACUUCCAACCUGCAUUCACUAAAACACAAUUCCAUAGCAUACUCUGAUAGUAAUCAGAGAUGUCAUGUCAACUCAUCACUGCAGUCAAAGAAUUGGAGUCACCGUGCCUCCAAGCCUUACUCCACUCUCUCCAUUCCAUCAACUAAUCAAAGCCAAAUAAAAAGAUCACCACCACCGAAUCCGCUCCAAUGUCGAGUCUGCCAUCUUAUCUUUGAGUCUGCUCAGCUACUACAGAGGCAUAAGUGUGCCAAAGCACGAGAGUUUAUGGCACAGCAGGGGCGUGGAGGAAAGCAGCAUCAUAACCUAAAUAAAAUGCCGCUGACAAAAUUGGGUCCUAUUCAGAUGAAUGGUGAGAGGAAGCCCGAAGCACCAUUUGCAGGCAACAUGAAGAAACCCCAGAUUGUGACCAUUGAUCUGGACGGCCCUCAACAACCAGACUCGGUGAACAAGAAAAAUGGAGAUCUUGACGAUGAUUGUUACAUUGUUGAAAGUGAACCCGACAAACCAGCUGAGAUGAUUUACCAAGUGACCUCAUCUGUUCCCAUUAAAACUUGACAGCCAGAUGUCAGGUUUGCAUGUAAUGUUUAUUGUUGAAAAUGGACCAAGUGCGGUAACCUCCUGUUGAACGAUAUCAGUUGGUUUAUGGUCGACACACAGGAACACAAUAUUCUAGACUACUCCACAAAUUAAUUUUGAUGUGUGAUGUACAGUGAGAAUUGUCAAACAUUUUCUCUUUAGUACUAUAGUAAGAGACCCUGUAUCCCUGAAACAAUUGGUAUCCAGCUGUGGUUAUCAAGUGUUUAUAAUUAAAAUAAAAUCCAUUGUAUUGUUUUACCAUUUAAAUGGGGUAAUUAAUUACUGCAGUAUGUUUUACUUUUAGAAUAUGUUAAAGUAUAUAAACAGAAAUUUUGUUGUGAAGCUGACCAGGAUAUCUUGUGUCCCCCCCUAAUUUUGGUAAACUUCAAAAAUAAAAUAUUAAAAUAUA